AUAUCCGAUUGACAUUCUGUUAGGUUUGUUUCAAUUUCUGUUAAAAUCUAAUGCCUAAUUAAUAUGAGUGUAAAUACUAAAAAGGGACCUCUAUACGACCCCGGCUUAUGUCGAUGUUGCGGCGCGUCAAAGAAAUGCCGUUUGUUAAACUACGAAUACGAUUGGAUGGGCAAGAAAGAAGUAUACUCUGACAUGUUUAUGGAUUGUUUUGGAUUACUGUUGUCACACUUAGAUGGAGAACCUCUAGAGCGACUUAUAUGUGCUACUUGUGUUACACGACUGCGAGAGGCUACCACAUUCAGGGAGCAGGUGUUGCGUUGCGAGGAACAACUGCUGCAGGCUCGUAUACUGCUACAUGGAGAUGAUAGCGAUGUGAACACCAAUGUAAAGUCUGAAGAGGUGAAGUUUGAAGUGAGCGUCGAGGGUGAAGCGUUGGACGACGGUGAACUUAGCAUGGACUAUGGAGAUGAUGAUCCAUCGGAGAACUACAAGCCGGUGCAAGUGAAAUCAAAGAAAUCUCCAAAACAAAAGAAAAAGUCACUAAAGAGUCGAUCUCUCAGAAAGACAUCUAAAGUAAAGAAAACGAAGAAAGGAGAUAGUGAACAAGAGAAAGAGAGGGCAGAGAUGCUUGAGAGUUUGUCCAAGAUGAAUGAGACACUGCAGCAGUUACAAGAACAAGAAGCAGUCAAAGAGUCUCUCAAACGUAAAUCAUUGGACAAGGAAGACAAAGCGCUAUUAAAUACAUGCGUGAUAGUUGAGAAUUCCUAUGUAUGUCCGUUCGAUAAUUCCUUCAGUGAUUAUCAGUGUGCAUAUUGUAAAGAAGUAUUCACAGAUCCUUGUAAACUACGGGACCACAAUCUAACCCACGAUCCGACUAUAUUCAAAGAGUUCGCGAUGACGAAAAAGCUUUUGUUAAUCGAUAUACUCCGGAUCGAUUGUCGACUGUGCCCGAGCACAAUCGACGACUUGGAUUCGUUCAAAAGUCACAUCACUAAUAUGCACGGGAAACAACUGUACGAUGUAACGGACGCUUUUUUGAAAUUCAAAUUGACUCUGAACAGUUUGACUUGUUUGGUAUGCAAUAGUAGUUUUAGUUUCUUUCACGCACUAAAAAAGCACAUGGCGGAACAUUUCGGGACUUGUAUAUGUGACGUAUGUGGCGCUCAUUACUUCGAGGAACGAAUGUUGACAUUACACCAAAGAUGUCAUCAGAAGAUCGAUGAGAAUUUCCCAUGCAAAGAGUGUGGGAAGAAUUUUAAAUCUAAAUACAGUAGACGGUUGCAUAUAACGAAGAUGCAUAACAAAGAACCAGCUUACGAGUGCUACAAAUGUGGAGAAGUUUUCUUCUCUUACUCAUUGAGGUAUAGACAUAUGAUAGAUGUCCAUGGCGAAAAUAGAAUGUUUCAAUGUGAACAUUGUGAUAGAGUGUACGACAGCAGAAAGUCGUUGAGAGAACACAACAGAAGAUUCCAUUUGAAAAUUCUAAAGCACCAGUGCGAUUUGUGUGAGAAACGGUUUUAUUUGCCAUCUCGUUUGAAAGAACAUAUGGCUGUACACACGGGAGAAAGGAAUUUCAGGUGCGAAUACUGCGGUAAGAGUUAUCCCCGUUUGAGAGGACUAAAAGUACAUAUGCAAUCGCACAGUUCGGAUAAAAAGUUUAAGUGUCUGUUGUGCAGCGCAUCUUUCACCCAAAAUGUGAAUCUGAAGAAUCAUAUGAAGAGACAGCAUCAGAGCUUGGAUAUCGAUGAGGGUUACCGAUAGAGUUUGAUUUUGAAAACAGAUACAAGACUAUAAAAGUUUACUUGUUUUGAUCUCAUGGUAAGCAGGUCGACAACUCAAAUAUAUGUUGAUCUGUACGGUAUUUGUCAUGGUAUUUUAAAUUAGAACGCAAAGUGGUUAGAGUUACGAUCUCACCAAUAUCUGAAGGAGUCACUAUUAAGUUAACAAGCAACGCUAAACCCCCAAUUGGUAAUACAUCUUUUUGUAUCAAAAAAAAAUAUGUACACCCCGCCCCACAACUGCCCUUUUUCCCACCCUGUUGCUAGCUCUGCAGCAAUUUUCUACUUUUAGGGGUAUUCUAUAUAAAACAAGAGAAACGAUAUUAAUUAAAAAUAUUAUUGGCAGAUAUGUGAAAAUCGAUUAUUAUAAAAAAGUGUAUUUUUUAGUUAAUUGAUUAAUUAAAAAACUAUUUAUUUCUAACAAUAAUAAAGCGAUUUAGUUAUUCUGCG